AUGAAAGAUCGCCCCGUCAUCAGCAUCGAAAAUUACACCAUGUACUGCGGCGAUGCUGAUGGGAACAAAGACGCUGCAAAGGAAACGUUCUCCAUUCAAAUGCCGCGGAAGAAGUUUGCCUUUUCAUCUGCGGAAACAAUAUCCACGCACAAUUCUCUAUGCGUCGCCCGCAGCACUGGCGAUUUCAACCACAAAAAGUGUCUUAGAACGGAGUUGCGUCGUCAACUGCAACAAGACCGCAAUAACGAGUGGACGUCGAGAGCGAAGGAGUUUGAAAUGGCGUGGGAAGACAAGAACCUGCGGCAAGCCUAUGCUUUAUUAAAGUAG